GGAGGGCAGUGUUAUGCUUCGCGACGCACAGCCUGCCGUAAACUCAUCUGAAGAAGAAGAAAGAGGAGGAGAGAGUUUAACUUUAGUUACAUACCUUUUUACUGCUCAAACCUUGAUACUGUUGUGGAUUUCCGUCUCACGGCGAUAAAGGUCAGGUUACUUAGCUAGACGGUGUGCGGUUAUCUUACAACACGUACAGACAGCACUGAGAAGUCGGUAUGAUCUGGACCAGUGAAAGGUUGUGGCGGCCUCAUCAGUAGCUGUCACCACGGCGGGGGACCUUCGGACCUCCGUCUGCAGGGUUGUCAUCUACCUCCAAAGGGAUAUGUCCGGGGACAGCUGCCUGCCCCACCAUCACACCCAGUCCCACUCCACCUCCUCAGCCCCUCCUCUGGCCUGUCCCAAGACCAAGACCUGCAGUUAUCAAGGAGCAGUGAGCCUGGGCAACAAGUAUGUCCGGAUCAACGUUGGUGGGACCCUGUUUUACACUACACUACAAGUGCUGACCAGGCAGACCUCCAUGCUGAAAGCCAUGUUCAGUGGAAAGAAGGAAGUGUUCACUGAUAAAGACGGUUGGAUCCUGAUCGACCGUAGUGGGAAACACUUUGGCAGCAUCCUGUGCUUCCUACGUGACGGCACAGUCACCUUACCCAAAGGUCGUCAGGCUGUCCAGGAGCUGCUAGCUGAGGCAAAGUAUUACCUCGUCCAGGGCCUAGUGGAACUUUGUGAAAACACCCUGCAGGGCAAUAAAGAGCAACCCCUGUGUGUUAUACCUGUGGUCACCUCCAGUAAGGAAGAGGAGAAGCUCAUCCAGUCCUCUACUAAGCCUGUGGUGAAGCUGGUGUACAACAGAAGCAAUAACAAGUACUCCUACACCAGUAACUCGGACGACAACCUGUUGAAGAACAUUGAGCUGUUCGACAGGCUGUCGCUCAGCUUCAACGGCCGUGUGCUUUUCAUCAAAGACGUGAUCGGAGACGAGAUCUGCUGCUGGUCCUUUUACGGUCAGGGUCGCAAGUUGGCCGAGGUCUGCUGCACCUCCAUCGUCUAUGCCACAGAGAAGAAGCAGACCAAGGUGGAGUUUCCUGAAGCUCGCAUCUAUGAGGAGACUCUGAACACCUUGCUUUACGAGACAAUGCCGCUGCCCGACAACUCCUUGCUAGAGGCCACGCGUCAGAGCUACAGCAACUGCGGAUCUCACAGCGAGGACGAGGAGGGGCCCGGAGGGGCUGAGCAUCGUGAGCGCGUUCGUCGAAUCCACGUCAAGAGGUACAGCACGUAUGACGAGCGGCCGCUGGGACACUGAGACUGAAAGCACAAAGCGCUGGACAGAUUUCAGCUUUUCACGUUGAUGGUGAACAUUGAAAGAUGAAAUCGGUUGACGCUCCCACGUUUCUCUUUUGAAUAGUUUUAUUAUCUUCUUUACCACUAUCUAAAAGAAGUCCAGACUGUGGCCUUGAUGUAUUUGCAUCUGACUUUUUACUCUAGAUAGUUGUGGUGUUGUCUGCUCUGUCCAUCAUAAUUUAUGAAUUAUUAUCAGAUUAUUCAGAGCAACUUCUUCAAAUAACUAGAGAACUGUAGUUUUUUUUUAAUUAAAUGUAGAUUAGUAGGGGAGGAAAAUCACUGAUAUACACUAUUUCUUCAAAGAAAUAUUGUUACAAUCAUAGCACUUACACUCUGAAUCAGCAGGAGAGCAUGUUUCAUAUUUAUAGAUUGUAUUUUUCAUAUAUACAUUUACAAAAGCCUGUUGUUUGCCAAAAAUGAACCUGUUUUUAAUUUUUCCAAAAUUAGUGUUUCUCUAACAUGUUUUAAUGCAGUUUACCAUAAUGCCUUUUUUCCAGCUGUGAAGAUAAACGUUCUUGUUAUUCAA